GGGAUGUUCCGUUUCCAUGGAGCUCGGCUUCAGGUUCCCGGAUGUUAUCUUCCCCGUUCAACAUGGCGCCGGGAAAGUGGGACUUCAGCUAACGGCGAAACUGUUGACCCGAAGUUCGGCCGCCCAUGUUCUUCUGACGCCGGAAAGUUCGCCAACAUCCCGGAGACGCAGCGGGAAAACUUUUACCCCAACUUCCCGGGUCUAAUGCUGGCCUGGAGCUUCCACCAUCAUGUUCUCCAAGAAGAAAAAGUCCCGCGUGGAGAUAUCAGCUCCGUCUAACUUCGAGCACCGCGUGCACACCGACUUCGAUGAGCAGGAGCAGAAGUUUGUCGGGUUGCCGCGACAAUGGCAGUCGCUCAUCGAGGACACAGCCAAAAGGCCCAAACCUUACAUCGAUAUCAACGUCAUAACCACUGUAGAGCCGCGAAAGACGAUUGUCCGCGGCACCAAGCUGGGAUCUGACGGGUCGCUAACAUGGCUGCUGGACGAGUUCGACACCAUGUCUGUGACCCGCUCCAACUCUCUACGCCGAGGCAGCCCCCCCGUCCAGCUCCGCAGGGACUCCAGCUCCAUGAGCGGAGGGCAGGAGAACGGAGUCCCUUACCAGAGACAGUACUCCCACCCAGACAGACUGGACAGAGAUCCAGCGAGACCAGAACACUACGGGGCUGACCCCCGGCUGGCAGCCCGUCCCACUCAGAGGGACGAGGGCAUCCAGAGUCGGCCCCAGCAGCAGCCUCGGGGCCAAGAGCCCAGCAGGGCCCACAAGGACCGAGCUGGACCGGGACCACCCCCUCCCCCCCACAGAGACAGGGGGCCCCGAAAGGAGCAGGUCUGGAGGGAACCCAGCGACCAGCGGCCGAAGUCCAGCUACACGGCGCGGGACGACAGUCCUCAGUCCCCCAGAGACAAGAGGCCUCUGUCGGGACCCAACAUCCACACCCCCAACCUGCCGGUGAUCGAGGGAGGGAUGAAGACCGCCCAGCAGGCCUCACGGCCCUUUAACACCUACCCGCGGUCGGACAGUGAAGGCGGACGCAGCCCCACAGGACAGCCGGUCCGGCACCAUGAAUCCCCCCCUCAGAACGGGCCCUCCAGCGCCCCCCCCAGGGUCCCCUCCAGCUCCAAGCUGCCCGUUAACCGACCGCACUCCCACCACGCCUCCCACCCCAGCCUGACCCCAGAGGCCUCGCACCAGCCACACACCCCUCACCCCAACGUUCCCGCCCCGCGGCCCCCGGUGCCCUCUGGACCCCCGAUGUCCGCCCCUCCCCCCCAGGCCCGCUCACCUCAGAGAGAACCCCAGAGGAUUUCACACGAGCAAUUUCGAGCGGCACUACAGAUGGUGGUUGAUCCCGGUGACCCGCGAACCUACCUGGACAAUUAUAUCAAGAUAGGGGAGGGGUCCACGGGCAUCGUGUGCAUCGCUACGGUGAAGAGCACCGGGAAACUGGUGGCAGUGAAAAAGAUGGACCUGAGGAAGCAGCAGCGCAGAGAGCUUCUCUUUAACGAGGUGGUGAUCAUGCGAGAUUAUCACCACGAGAACGUGGUGGACAUGUACAACAGCUACCUGGUGGGAGAUGAGCUCUGGGUCGUCAUGGAGUUCCUGGAGGGCGGAGCUCUGACUGACAUUGUGACGCACACGAGGAUGAAUGAGGAGCAGAUCGCCACGGUGUGCGUCUCCGUCCUGAAGGCGCUGUCGGUCCUCCACUCUCAGGGCGUCAUCCACCGAGACAUCAAGAGCGACUCCAUCCUUCUCACCCACGACGGACGGGUGAAGCUGUCAGACUUUGGCUUCUGCGCCCAAGUGUCCAAAGAGGUGCAGAGGAGGAAGUCUCUGGUGGGAACGCCGUACUGGAUGGCACCAGAGCUCAUCUCCAGACUGCCGUACGGACCUGAGGUGGAUAUCUGGUCUCUGGGCAUCAUGGUCAUAGAGAUGGUGGACGGAGAGCCGCCGUACUUCAACGAGCCGCCGCUCAAAGCCAUGAAGAUGAUUCGGGACAACACUCCUCCCAACCUGAAGAACCUGCACAAGGUCUCCCCGUUGCUCAAAGGCUUCCUGGACAGGAUGCUGGUUCGAGACCCGGCUCAGAGGGCCACGGCCAGUGAGCUCCUCAAACACCCCUUCCUCGCCAAGUCGGGCCCGCCGUCCUGCAUCGUCCCGCUGAUGAGGCAGAACCGGAUGAAGUGAGGCCGGGAGCACCCCGCCCUCCAAGGUCAGGGAGGGGGGCGCGACCCGAGAUCGUAAUACUCCUGCACGCAGAGGUCAGAGGUCAAACACUAGCGGUGCGCAGGAGUAUUGUCAUUCGUGGAGUCGGUGAGCUGCAGGGUGAAGGUGCAGCUCCCCGCCGGACGCUCCGCCUGCUUCAUCUUUACGUCUUCCGACCGAAUCCUGGAGGGAAAGUUGCUUUUGCACAUCAGUCGGACGCCCUGAAGGAGCCACAGCCCUCUGGCUGAUUCUACAAACACAGAACUCCCCUUCUGGACCUUUUUCUCCUGAUGGAGCCCAAACCGAACACUAUCUUCAUCCAGAAGCCACUACUGAGAGACCAGAGCUUUGUUGUAAACACUGGAUCACACUAGAUUAUUCUUUUCCUGACAUGAACAUAGAGAUAUAUCUGUUUUACAGGCCACUGUGGUGUGUUUGAUGUUCUUUCUCUUUAGAGUGAUGAUUUUGUGAAGCACUGUGGAGAUAGAAGCUGCUUUCAGCAGACACUAACCCUUUUCCUUUUUAGUCCUCACGUUCCUCAGACAACUCCUCCCAGGUGACUCUGCAGCCCGUCUCUGAAAGUUCUACGUAGAAAAUAAGCUAAAAGAUGCGUUUUUCCUUCUCUCUCUGCUGCAGCUCUCUCUGCUGCUGUUUACAGUAAACGGAGCGGAUUUUCACGCUGUCAUGCUGCGUCUCCUUAACGCCUCAUCACGGGAUCCGGCCGGGUUUGCCCCAGAAUCUCUGAGAGUUUCAGUCCAUUAGCAUCUGCAUCUUCUCAGAAGCAGCUGUUCAGUCCUGCAGUUUCACCUUCAAACUUUUAUUCGAGCUCUUUACGAUUUCCUUCCAGCUCUGAUCUUCAGAGGAUGAAUUUAUCUGAUUUAAAAACUACAUUUAUGGUUUUUCUUCUUUGGGCUGAGUUUUUAGCCGCUUUACCUCCACGAGAGACUUCCAGAUGGUGGUUUAAUGUUCUGGAUCAGUUUCAGAAAGAGGUGAUGGAUCCAACUGCUGGAACUUCUCAGCUCUGUUGAUCUGAAAGCGUCACUAGAAGACGAUGGUUUGAUCCCGUUUUACUGGAUCAUCAGAAGUCUCUGUGUUCAUGUAAACACGUGCGGCGUGGAGCUUCAGCCCCUGAGAUGAAGAGUCUUCCUGUCCUGAUUCUACUGUAAACAGCCGGCUGAUCAAACUCUUUUAAUAUCAUUUUACUAGUUUUUUUUAAACUGUUUUAUUUUUUUUUAUGAUUUCAGAGCCUUUUAGUUGAACUCUUCCUGUUCUGUGCCUGUCAGUCCGUUUCCAUGCCUUAACGUCUCAUCGGGCUUGUUUCAAACGGCUCAUCUCAGCUGCUGAGAAUCCACGUGAGCUCGGUUUUCCCCACCAUGUCUGACCCGACCCGACCCGUUCGGGUUUCCACGUGCCCGCUGGAGAACGGAGCGGCCGACUCCGGCAGACUCUUCCCGCCUCUGUAAAUGUCACUGUAAAAACGUCUUUGCAGAUUUUACUCUUUUUGCAAAUACAGUUUUUGUUAAAGAUC